GGAAGAUGGCAGAGCCGGAGACGCAGCUGCUGCUGGGCGUGGGGCUGAUCGAAAAAGACAGCAACGGAGAUGCUUUGUGGGUUUGGUGUUAUCCGUCUGUGACGGCUGAGCUGAGGGCUCUGUUGCUGCGGAAAUGCUGCCUUACGGAUGAGAGUAAACUGCUUCAUACCUUUGUGUUCGGCCAGUACAAGAGGACGUGGUUCUACAUCACCACGGUGGAAGUUCAAGACUCUCCUGCCUUGAAGAAGGUGACCCACUUCUCCAUUGUUCUGACAGCCAAAGACUUCAACCCAGAGAAGUAUGCAGCUUUCACUCGGAUACUCUGUAGAAUCUACUUGAAGUAUGGAAGUCCUGUGAAAAUGAUGGAGAGUUACAUUGCAGUCCUUACAAAGGGGGUCUGCCAAAGUGAAGAAAAUGGAUCCUUCCUCAGCAAAGACUUCGAUGCUCGGAAGGCUUACCUUGCUGGUUCCAUUAAAGAUAUAGUAUCUCAGUUUGGGAUGGAAACAGUUAUCUUAUAUACAGCACUGAUGUUAAAGAAGAGAAUUGUGGUGUACCAUCCUAGGAUAGAAGCCAUCCAGGAAUUUACCAGGACUUUGCCUGCUUUAGUGUGGCAUCGGCAGGACUGGUCAAUUCUUCAUUCCUAUGUACAUCUAAAUGAAGAGGAAGUAGAAGCCUUAAAAGCCUGCACAGGUUACAUUGCUGGAUGUACAGAUUCUGAAGUGAACAGUAGACCAGACCUCUAUGAUGUGUAUGUGAAUUUGGCAGACAGUGAGAUCACCAUUUCCCCUGUAGUGAAAGAGGCAAUGACAAUGGGAAAACUUCACAAAGAAAUUGGGCAGCUAAUUGUUCAAUCUGCAGAAGAUCCAGACAAAUCAGACAGCCAAGUCAUUAAGGAUAUUUCUCUGAAGACGAAAGAAAUCUUGUCUACUUUAGCCUCACUUACUGAAGUUUCUGAUGGCAAUGAAAAACCAACCCUGAACUCUGAAGCUCUGAAACAAAAACGAUUUCCACCAGCUACAGAAAAUUUUCUUUUUCAUUUAGCAGCUGCUGAACAAAUGCUUAAAAUCUGAAUCUGAUGCACUUCUGGACUAUGGACCAACUCCAAAAGCUGUCUUGGAUGUACAAAUAGGAAUACCUGAUUUUUUGUAUGGAAAAAUUAAAAGUGUAAGAGUGAAUGCCAUAUUUACCUUGAUGUAAUGCAGAAUAUUGGAGCUUGACCUGGAGCAUCCAGAGGUAUAUCUGAUAACAUUCCUGUUGUCACCUUUCCCCAACUGUAACUUUGUGUGUAUGGUUCUUGCAUUUCAUGUUACAACAUGGGUGUUUAUACACAUAGUGUGGGCUCGUGCAUCCAGGCUGUGCCAGGCGUUGUAGCAGCCAUUUGUCUUGCAUGUCCCCAGUGACAGACAGCUCUGACUUCUCUCCUUGUGUCUGGAACACAGGGUGCAGCAUGUGUGCUGUAAAGCCAGUGCGUUUUGGAUGUGCCUGUCUGCACAGGGAUAUGCUGAACACAGAGUUGUUCUGAAUGCUCAUUCUGGGCUUCCAGGUAUGUCAGGUUGUCAGAUAUUGCCUUUGCUCUGGACUACCUGAUACCUGGAAAUCCCAAAUAAAUGGACAAGUUCUCUUCUUUCUACUUGAAAGUGUCUAGGUGUAGAAGAAGGAUGUCUGGGAAAAUCUGAUGUGGUAGCCUUAUUAUGUAAAGGAAGAGGUAUUUUAAAGCUCACGUAGGAGUUGAGCACCUCUUUUGGACUCUUGCCUUACAAGUUUUUCCCCUUUCACUCCGUCCCACGCCUCUGGUGGAGGGAAAAGAGGACAGGAUUGCUAUAUGUAAACUGGGGCUUUCUGGGAGGCAGCAGACAAGUGCUGCUUUACAGCUGAAGUCAUUUUAGGAGCUGUUGGGGCUCUCUGCUGGGAAGAAUUAAAAUUUCCCUUCCUGUUUGGUUGCAUAGCUCUAACUCAGAAGUUUUGUUUGUUGUUUUUCCAUGGAGCAGCCUGAAACUAAUUUGUAACAUUCUGAGAAGAGCUUAGGUUCUGUGCAGGGGAAUGCUGUGAGCCAGGCAACCUGUCUUCCUCCAGAAAUGUCCACAAAAAUAAGUAAAUUCUGCAGUAGCACUUUGUUAUAAGAAAAAAUAACCUUUUUUUUCUGGCCUUUGUACAGAUGGGCUGUAGCAUGUGGUUUUACCUAGAGAUUUUAUACUGAUAAUUAAAACUGUAGUUCUCAAUAUUUAUGUUGUUUAAGAAAUCGGAUGUUUGCUAUUCUGAAAUUGUUAGAGGUCAUCACUAACUGUGUGCAAGCAGUAUUGGUUUGGAAAAGGGUUGCCCUUUUGCUAUGUAUCAUACUGCAUUAAGAUCUGUUUCAGUGUGGGUGAGGAAUGUGGCAUCUAUGUAUAAAGUGGCUGGCUACUGCAGUCAGUGAGUGGAAGUGCUUCAGAAUAAACCCCUAUUUUCAGGGGUAUCAAAUUCUACCUUAAAUACUCACUCUGUGGUUUAAAUUCUGAACACAGGAGAGCAGUGUGUUUUGCUUUAUCUGAGAACGAGCUGCCUUCAUUUACCUCCAAGUGCUCUGCAGCAUUUUCCCCAUUUGGCCAUUAAGGUGGUGUGAUGGGUUUGGAUUUGUUAAUUUUUCUCUUUUUAAUGGUUCUUCAUUACUGCUGUUUCUAUUCUAGGGUUUCUACAGCAGUUAGAACAGCACAACUGCAAAGUUACACUGAAAAUUCUCAGAAUGUGCUUUAAGGUCUGCUGAGAAAAACCUGAAUUUUUGUCAAGUCCCGUAAUGCCACAUUGUAAUCGCAGAGAAAUUCAGUUUCUUUUUACAGAAAGCCCUGCAGGUGUCCUCAUUAAGGUGGUGUGGGGUUAUGGGCAGCCACAAGAAGCAGAGAAGCUCAAACACAAAAUAAAAGUUUCUUUUUUUUUUUUUUUGCUUUCUUUUAAAAGCAGGAAGGCCUCAGUUUUAGAUCUUGUAUUCUAAUACUUGUGUGACACAAAUGAACUAUAAUUUUGCACUUAAAGAACUGGACUCAUAGCAUGCUUAUGCUUAUUAAAAACAACAAUCCUGACCAGCCUA